AUGAAAUUAAGCCAAACUCCUUAAACCAAGGUUUCUAGAAUGGAUGAUUCAUUUUCAACAGAUAUACAUAGCAUGUGUUAUAGCAGAGUCAACAUUCUUACAAGUGAAGUUGAGAAGCUAACAGAUGUUUUGGGAACUGCUUCUUAAGAAAUGGAAGUUCUCAAAGAACAGAAUCAUGAAUUGUAAAACUAAUUAACCGAGAUGGAUCAUUCAAAUUAAAUCGUAUUUUACAUAUCACAUACAUUAAUAGAUUAAUUAAGAGUUUGACAAUGUUUGCGAAAGAUUAAAAUAAAAAAGCAUUGAAGCAGAAGAGUAUGCCUUCUAGGUUCAAAAGUUAGCCUUACAAAAACAAGUAUAUUUUUACAUCUCAUUUAAGGAACUAACUCAAAAUUUGAACAAGGUACUGAAUGAAUUGGAAUAAAUAAAUUAAGUAAUCGACAUUAAGGAUCAAGAAAUUUAAACUGGAAAAUAACAAUUUAUUGCAAAAACAGAGGAACUACAGCAAAGCUUACAAUAAACUUACCAUUUGGAUUAAGCUUUGAAAGUAGUAAAGGAAGAAAAAUUAAAAUACAUUUAUGAAUAUCAAUAGUUGUAAAAGCUAGCUGAAGAAUAAUAAUAAUAAAUAAAAGAAUUAAAUGAGUAUAGAAUAGCUUAUGAAACAUUAAAAGUAGACUUGAAUAUCCUCAGAGUCAAUUAUACAAAUUUACUAAAUAAAAAAUUAGAGGAAAAGAAGGAGUUGGAAGCUCAAAUUGAUGUGCUAAGAGACAUGCAUACAUAUACAAUUGAAGAUGCAUAACUAAAAUAUGCUGUAUAAAGAAUCUUAUUAUAAUGAUAGGAUUAAAUUAAAUAAGAAAUAGAAUAAUUCAAGUAGCUCUAUGACGAAUAAUACAAAUUCGAAAGGAUGACUUAUGAGUCUGCGUUAGAUCAAUUGAAGAAUUAAGUGGGCACUCUUUCAAUGCAAUUGCAGAAUGCUGAAAUAUUGGUCAACACUCAUAAGUAAAACUUGAUGAAUCAAGCUUAAUUGAGCAUGUUUGAGAAAUCAAAUUAGGUGAGUGAAUUAAAGGCUUAAAAUUACGUCUUAUAGGAUUCUCUUAGGGCAGCAAAUAGAGAAUUGAAUGAACUGAAAUAAUAAAUGGAGAAUGGUAACAUAAUUAGAUUUGAUGACGAAGUUAGGAGAUAGAUUGAAUAUAAAUUAGAUUUAUGUUAGCAACUACAAUAAGACAAAGAAGAACUUCUAAAAGAGAAUGAAUAACUAAGAAGGGAAAAUAAAUUGUUGAAAGAAAACAACGAUUUGAUUUAAUAAAAGAUAUCAUAACAAUCAUCUAAUAUAAGUUAGUUGCCUUAAUCUGUACUUGUAAGUUAGAUAUCGCCAUCAGGUAUUAAAUACUAGCUAAUGCUUUUAAGGUAUUUCUCCUGGGUUUAAGAUCAAUGAAAGCGAAAAAAUAAAGUAUUUAUUGAAGACUGUUGAUCAGUUGCAAAAUGCAAUAAAAAACAGGGAUCAAGAGAUUACAAAAUUAUCAUAGAUGGCUAGUACUAAUGUUGGAUUGUCUUCACUUAUAAAUAAGCAACAUUCAGGAGUGCGAUAUGACAAUCUCAAUUCAGAAAAUAUAAAUGCCUUUGAUAAGUAAUUAUGA